AUGCGUGCGGCGCUCGGCUGGAGUCGCCGCCUGCUGCUGCUGCCGCGGCCUGCGCGCCGCUGCGCUGCUUGCGGGAAGCCGCCGCCGGGGCUCGGCAGCCCCAUGGCCCAGUACGGGACGGAGCAGCGGGGGCGGUUCCACUCGCCCGACUACCGCCUCUACCUUAAGAAUUCAAGGGGAAAAUAUAUUUCCCCCUUCCAUGAUAUUCCUCUGUUUGCUGGACCAAAUGAGGAAAAAGAAAUUCCUGCAAAGAAAACGAAGCUCAGUGAAAGUGAGGUUGUACUUAAUAUGAUUGUAGAAGUGCCUCGUUGGACAAAUGCUAAAAUGGAGAUUGCCACGAAGGAGCCAUUGAAUCCCAUUAAGCAAGAUGUAAAGGAAGGCAAGCUGCGAUACGUGGCAAAUAUCUUUCCCCAUAAGGGCUAUAUUUGGAAUUACGGCGCCUUCCCUCAGACUUGGGAAGAUCCCCAUCAUAAAGAUGAUGAUACAGGAUGUUAUGGUGACAAUGAUCCCAUUGAUGUCUGUGAAAUUGGUUCCAAGGUUCGCUCACUUGGCGAGGUUAUUCAGGUGAAAGUGCUUGGACUUUUAGGCCUUAUCGAUGAGGGAGAAUCUGACUGGAAGAUCAUUGCUAUCAGUGUGGAUGAUCCAGAAUCACAAAAGAUCCAUGAUAUCGAUGAUGUCAGGAAGUUCAAGCCAGGUUAUCUAGAAGCUACAGUUGACUGGUUCAGAGUAUAUAAAGUACCAGACGGGAAGGCGGAAAAUCGUUUUGCUUUUAAUGGCGAGUUUAAAGACAAGGCAUUUGCUCUUGACAUAAUUAAAUCCACCCACGAAUACUGGAAAGCUUUGAUUCACAAGAAGUCUGAUGGAGGAGCCAUAAAAUGCACCAACAUCCUAGUGGGUACCAGUCCCUACUGCUGCAAUGAAAACGAUGCCCGAGCAAUUGUGGAAUCUAAUCUGCCUUCUGAGGAGAAACAUUCUGCUGCCAUAGAAGUUGAUAAAUGGCACUUUCUCGGCCAGUGAUCAUUCAGAUACUCUAAUCA